AUGGCGCACAACGAACUUCACGCCCUUAUCACACCAGUUGACUAUGCUCAAGUCACGGCGAUCAUGGAGACGUGGGUAUUCCCGCUCAUCACAGAAACGUUCCUCUUCGCGCUGCAUACCGUCCUGACGGUGUAUUUUGUCUACUAUCGAUGGGUGAAACGGCAGACGGCACCGCUACCACGCUUCAUGCUGAUUGUCGCACUAUUGAUGUUUGCGAUGUUCUCUCUUUACUGGUCAUUAGACGUCUACCAACUAUGGGAGAACGUAUACCGGUUUCUUCCCCUCCGACAAACGGGCUCGAAAGGAGCGAUCGAUCCGACCGGCGUCUCCGUCGCCGCUUCCACACUUACCUACGUGCAAGUGAUCUUGCAGUUUCUGAUAAUUGUCAUAGGAGACACAGUCUCCCUCUGGCGGGCAUAUGUCCUUUUGGGGCGACCGCGAUGGCUCUUCUUGACCAUGAUCGGAGUGGUCGCCCUUGAGAGCUUCGCAUACACCCUCCUUGGCUUAGCGGGACUUCAAGAUUUCUUGCCGCGCCUCGAGACUUCCCAGUUCAUCAGAUUACUCUGGAGCAGACAGGGUAUUUGCUAUCUUUCAGCAGGUCUGCUUACAAUUUUGGCACAGUCAUGCGCCACUCUGUCCAUCAGCUUCGUAGCUUGGACAUACUGGAAUGACGUUCGGAAGCUCAUGCCUCUAAAUGCGCCAAUGCAACACUCUCUCGCAAUGCUAGCUGUUCUGAUUGAGUCUGGAAUCGUUUACCUCGCUCUUUUGGUUGUCCUGGGGGUCAUCAGUUGGGCCGGUAGGAACGGAUCAGUCUCGAAAUCCACCAUCUCCUUUUACGUGACUCCCCUCCUCGCCAUGUACCCCACCCUAGUUGUUGUGCUCGUGGCUACACGCCGCUCCGUACUCGAGCGAGACCAUCAAUGCCGUCGUUCAACAUGCGCUUCGCCUCGAGCAUCGGGGAACGUGCUCGUCCCGACGACCGUGCAUUUCAUCCUGAGGUUUCGCGCGAGGUCGAGAAAGCGCAGUUCGAAGGUCCGAGAUGGGAAGUAG